GCGGCGGCAGCGGCUGGGCGGGCGUGCAGUUCGGGGCGCACGGUAACCGUUGGGCCUGGCGUUCUCGGGGGACGCGGCUCCCAUGGCGGCAGCCAGCGUGACCCCUCCUGGCUCCCUAGACGUGCUGCAGCCCGGCUUCUCCAAGACCCUCCUGGGGACCAAGCUGGAGGACAAGUACCUGUGCUCAGCCUGUAAGAAUGUCCUGCGCAGGCCCUUCCAGGCACAGUGCGGCCACCGCUACUGCUCGUUCUGUCUGAGUGGCAUCCUCAGCUCCGGGCCUCAGAACUGCGCCGCCUGCGUGCACGAAGGCAUAUACGAAGAGGGCGUCUCGAUUUUAGAGAGCAGCUCGGCUUUCCCAGACAAUGCUGCCCGCAGGGAGGUGGAGAGCCUGCCAGCCGUCUGCCCCAGCGACGGCUGCACCUGGAAGGGGACCCUCAAAGAGUAUGAGAGCUGCCACGAAGGACACUGCCCGUUCGUGCUGACCGAGUGCCCGGCGUGCAGAGGCCUGGUCCGGCUCUGCGAGAAGGAGCGGCACCUGGAGCAGGAGUGCCCCGAGAGGAGCCUCAGCUGCCCGCACUGCCGCGCCCCCUGCUGCCGGGCCGGCCUGGAGAACUCUGCGUCCGUCACCACCACGUCUGAACUUGACGGUGACUCCUUAUCAUUGCUCGUCACACGUCUGAAAUGUCUGUCACGGUCACUGAUUGGCACCAGGACCCAGACGGUCCCACCUGCAUUUAGCAGAUACGUCUACGAGGCGCACCACGCCGUCUGCCCCAAGUUCCCCUUGACCUGCGACAGCUGCGGCAAGAAGAAGAUCCCGCGUGAGACAUUUCAGGACCACAUCAGGAUGUGCGGCAAGUUCCCAGUGCCCUGCCGAUUUCGUGACGUUGGCUGCCCUGAGAUGGUGGAGGGCGAGAAGCAGCAGGAGCAUGAACUGCAGCAGCUCCGCGAGCACCUGGCCAUGAUGCUGGGCGCGCUUCUGGAGACCAAGCACCUGUCCCUGGGCUGCAGCGAGGCAGGCGGCUGGGAGGCUGGCCCACUGGGCCCGGGGCUGGCGCUCUCCAAGGCUGCAGAGCUCCUGCGGAGGUGCGAAGCCUUGGAGAGGAAGACGGCCACCUUUGAGAACAUCGUCUGCGUCCUGAACCGGGAGGUGGAGAGGGUGGCCAUGACGGCCGAGGCCUGCGGCCGGCAGCACCGGCUCGACCAGGACAGGAUCGAAGCCCUGAGUAACAAGGUGCAGCAGCUGGAGAGGAGCAUCGGCCUGAAGGACCUGGCGAUGGCUGACCUGGAGCAAAAGGUCCAGGAGAUGGAGGCAUCCACCUUUGACGGGGUGUUCGUCUGGAAGAUCUCAGACUUCGCCAGGAAGCGCCAGGAGGCCGUGGCUGGCCGCACCCCCGCCAUCUUCUCCCCAGCCUUCUACACCAGCAGGUACGGCUACAAGAUGUGUCUGCGCGUGUACCUGAAUGGGGAUGGCACUGGGCGCGGCACACACCUGUCUCUCUUCUUUGUGGUGAUGAAGGGCCCCAACGACGCCCUCCUGCGCUGGCCCUUCAACCAAAAGGUGACCCUCAUGCUGCUUGACCAGAACAACCGGGAGCACGUGAUUGACGCUUUCAGACCCGACGUGACCUCGUCCUCCUUCCAGAGGCCGGUCAGUGACAUGAACAUUGCGAGCGGCUGCCCCCUCUUCUGCCCUGUCUCCAAGAUGGAGGCCAAGAACUCCUAUGUGCGCGACGACGCCAUCUUCAUCAAGGCCAUCGUGGACCUGACGGGGCUCUAGCCGCUUCCCGCUUGGAUAGGGGCCAGGGCACCUGGCCAGGGCCUUGGUGUCAGCUGCCGUGCUGGGCCUGAGCCUUGCUGCGGUGGGCAGGCGCCGAGCUCCGCCCUGUCCUGUGGGGAAGGAGCCGCCUCCAGGGGAGGGCGCUCAACCCCAGGUUGUGGCUCGGCCGUGAGCCUGGAGAGCCGCCUGCAGGCUGUCCUGUGGGCACUCGGAGUGCUCGCCACGCAGCAGGAGCGCGGAGCAAGGCGAGCAGAGCACACGUGGUCGCGAGAGGUGGGCCACCGCAGCGAGGAGCCCCCAGUGCCUGGUCCCACCCUUCGACCCUGGAGGGAGCGACAGCCUCGGGCCUGGCCGUGGCCCUGAGGGGACCUACUGUGUCAGCCUGGCCAGGCCAGCGGCGGGGAGGUGGCUCGUCCUUCGAGGAUCCUGUCUGCUGCCCUUGUGGCAUGUGUGGGGUGUACGUUCAGUCUCCCCAAGAGACGUGUCUGCUGCCCCGUCAGGCCACGGGGAAGUCGUUAUUAAAUCGUUAAAUCUCUGUGGUAGUGCUGUUCAUUUGGCUUCAGCCAGGGUGGUGGCCCUCGCCGGGACUCCUUCCUGGUCUCAGCCCCGCCUGUCCCCAGCUCAAGCAGCCAUGUGGGCUCCAGCACUGCAGCUCACUCUGCAGGCCUGGCGACACUGGCGCUUCUGUCUUCUGGAAUGUUCUUUGCUGGUUGGCUCCUCCCUCAGACCGUCCUACAGGCUGCCAUGAGAGCGGGACCAUAGGUUCCCUGUCCUGGGUCCACCCCAUGGAGCGCGCAGGGACCUUAGCUGGGCGAACAGCCAGUGGCUGUGUUGGUGUUUGGGGGUCAGUCAGCGGCAUUGCCCACCCCCCGCCCCACAGCAGGACUUCUCAACAGCUGCAGACCCCCGGCGUGGACUGACCACAGUGGGCCUCGGUAGACCUGCUUAGGGCCUCCGCCUCUUGAGGGGGGGCUGUCAUUCUCAGGACCUGUGAGCGAGGCUGGCUCGCCGCCUGGGCAUCUGCAGAGAGAACCCUUCUGACACCUGAGCGCCCUGCACACUGCCCCUCGUCUCCCGAGCAGUUCAGGACAGGACAGCACGUGUCCCCUGUCCACACGCGGUGGAGCAGUUGAGGUUGCAGGUCCCCUUCCCAAGGCACCGUCCUCACCAGUUUGAUGUGUUUAAAUUUUCUUUCACUGCCCUGGCCGGUUUGGCUCAGCGGUUGGAGCGUCGGCCUGC